AUGUCGCCGCGAACACCCGACGCUGCCCCUGACCCCGCCCCCACGUUCGCCGACGACCUGCCCGACGUGCUAGCAAGGGCCAGCGCCGCGGACGUCGCCCAUGUGAACGCCAUUGGCGUUGACGCGAGUUCGAGCCGGGCGUGUGUCGAGCUCGCGGCGAAACACGAGCUGGUCCACGCCGUGGUCGGCAUCCAGCCGAACGACGUCGCGGAAGCCGCGGCCGGCGACUGGGACGAGAUCGUCAAGCUGGCCAAAUCGCCCGGCGUGGUGGCGCUCGGCGAGACCGGCCUCGACCGGUACUGGGACCACUCACCCUUCGCGCUGCAGCAGGACUACUUCGAUCGCCACCUACGGCUGUCGCAAACGACGGGCCUGCCAUUCGUCGUUCACAUGCGUGAAUGCGAGGCGGACGUUCUGGCGAUGCUCCGGGAAGCCCGCGAACGCGGGCCGCUGCGCGGCGUCAUGCACAGCUACACCGGCACGGCCGACGGGGCGGCGGAAGCGAUUGAGCUGGGCCUCUACGUGAGCUUCGCCGGCAUGGUCAGCUACAAGAAGUCGGACGAGCUACGCGAGGUCGCGGCGACGGUUCCGCUCCACCGGUUGCUCGUCGAGACCGACGCGCCCUACCUGUCGCCUGAGCCGGUUCGGAAGAUCCGGCGCAACGAACCGGCGCACGUCGCGCACACGGCACGCUGCUUGGCGGAUCACCGCAGCGAAGCCUACGAAGACUUCGCACGCCAGACGACCCAGAACGCGAUCGCGCUGCGAGCAGCAGCAGAGGCCGAGCGGCGCGAACAGUCGUCGGAACUCGCUGCCGAUCGCGCGAACGCCGAAGGCGGGUUCGCACCCACCGCAGCAAGCCGAGCCCGUGCAGACGUUGAUGAGCGGAGGGCUCGCAUCCACAGGCUGGCUCGCAGCCGCAAGCCGGCUCGCAUCCGCAACCGACCGGGAUCGCACACCCGCAUCCGGGUCGCAGUGUCCCGCAUCCGACGGAGCCGGCAAGCGACACCGCGGCGAUCAGCACCGCAGCGAAGUAACGAACGUCGACACGGCUCGCGGCCGCGUGGCGAGAUGGGUUCAUCCGUGAGUCUCCCCCCGAAGGGACCAGCGAUCCUUCGCUGGCGUUGCUGUCAUGAUGAGCUCGCUGCCCGCCCAAACGGGACCGGCAGCCUGGUAACGAGAUCGGCCCGCCUCGCCCGCGCGAUGAGCCGAAUCGUUACCACCUGCGCAGUUUCUCAGCGGCGUGCGGCGGUCGCGGGGUUGCUGGCGCCCUGA